AUGUCUUCUUUUGAACUAGACUCAUUACCCUAUCUCAAUCCUAAUGUCGAUAGAAGAAUUGCAUUUAUCACUGGUGGAAGUAGUGGAUUGGGAUUUUAUACUGUUUUACAACUAUAUUUACAUGGAUAUACUGUUUAUAUUGCUGGUAGAAGCAAAUCACGAUGUCUUAAAUCAAUUAAAGAAUUGAAAAAUAAAGCUAUUGAUAUUAGACUGACAUAUACUUCAUUACAAUUAAAUGAAAGAUUUUUAGGUGAUUUACGAUUUUUAGAAAUAGAUUUGAGUAAUUUAACUCUGGUUAUAACUGCUGUUGAAAAUUUCAAAAAAUUAGAAGAUCAUUUACAUAUUUUAAUUAAUAAUGCUGGAGCAAUGGCAUUACCUUAUACUUUAACUAUUGAUAAAUUUGAAAUUCAAUUACAAACAAAUUUUAUUUCACCAUUAGUACUAACAACUAAAUUAUUACCAAUAUUACAAAAAACUACUGAUAAAUUUCCUAAAUUACCAACACCAAGAAUCAUUUAUUUAAGUUCAUUUGGUCAUCAAUUUGCUUUACAAUAUUUUAAUUUAAAUAAUGGAUUGAAUUAUUAUCCAAAUUUCAUAUUCACUUGGAUUAGAUAUGGUAUGGCAAAAGUUGCAGGAAUUCAUUUUAUGAAAAUGCUUGCAUUAAGAAAUCCUAAAGUAUUAUUUUUAACCGUACAUCCAGGUCUUGUUAUGAAUACAAAUUUAUUUUCUUAUUGGACUCGAUUACCUAUAGUUGGAAUAAUAUUUUGGUUUGUAUUUUAUUUAUUUGGAUAUUUUUUUGGAGUUACUAGUGAACAAGGAGCUAAUGUUGUUAUUAAAUGUGCUUUAAAUGAAAAUUUAACGGUAGAAAUUGAUAAUGGUAAAUAUUUUGGUCCAAAUGGUAAAGAAUCUCAACCAUCUAAUAUUGCUACAAAUAUGGAUUAUGCAGCAAGAACUUGGAUUUGGACAAUAAAAGAAUUGAAUCAAAGAGGAAUUGAAAUACCCAAUCCUUGA